AUGUAUUUGGCGCGGCUCCUGCUGACCUGUUCGACUGUAGCAUGCCUCGUGAGGAGCACCCUCGGCAAACAGGCGGCCAGUGGCCGCCACAUCGGUCUGUUCACCAACACCGGCCCGUACAGUCACGACGCGAUGAUGUACCAGCUGGCCGAGAAGCUGGCCAACAACGGCCACAAGGUGACCGUGAUUCAGAUCCGGGCCAGUGCACUUCUGCAUAAGAUCCAGACGCAGAUCUGGCACAGCACCGUGCCCUUCGGCGACGACCGACCGAACUUGAAGAGUUUGACCCUGUUCCUGAAGAUCUUGGAUUUUCAGACCGACGGAUGCGAGGCUGCGUUGAGGCACGAACCGUUCGUUCGGCGCAUCAAGGCGUUAGACCUCGACCUGCUGGUCAUGGACUUCCUGCUCAACGAAUGCGCCCUCGGAAUGUCCCUCAUGCUCAAUGUCCCGCGCGUCUACCUCUCCAACUACCCGAUGACCGACACUUACAUGGACUACUUUGGCAUACCGUCGAACCCCGCCUACUUGCCGACUACGGUGACGAAGCUGACGUCGCCGAUGGACUUUGUCCGUCGCAUGCUCAACUGCGUCUGUCGACUGAUCCUUUCGUACGUAAGAGGUAUCAUCAUGGCAAAGUCUGAGAAGCUUUACAGGCGCCUCGGCUACAAGCUGCAAAGGUACGCGCCGGAAGAGAAACGAACCAUCCUCUACGCCACUCCCUCCGAGUUUCUGCUAGACUCACCGCGACCGCUGACACACACCGUCAAAUACUUCGGCUGUUCGAACUGCAUGCUGAAACGACUGUACAACGUUGCCACUCGGAAAGGUGUGAUACUGGUUUCGUUCGGAACGAUUCCGAACGCCCAUUACCUGCCAGAGCGCAUCAUCAGUGUGUUUCGAUCGGUGUUCGCCAAUCUGCAGGAGUACAGCGUCUUGUUGCAGCUUCCGGACAUACAGAAGAUCGCCAUGAACAUGACGUCGAACGUCGUCGUCGCCAACUGGAUCCCGCUGCAGGAGCUUCUUGGCGACCCGUCCGUCAAGUUGUUCAUCACUCACGGAGGCAUAGGCAGCGUCAUUGAGGCGAUUACGAACGCCGUGCCGAUACUCGGCAUCCCUCUACAGGGUGACCAGGUGUACAACCUCGGCCGACUGAUCGAGAAAGGCAUCGCCGAUGUCAUCUAUAUUCCCGAGCUGUCCUUCAUGCAUGAUAACUGCCAGCUGUCUGUGCGAAACAUUUAG